AUGUCUUGGCAGUCGGCAGCCCGAGGAGGCUUGCUCCGUACCCUACAAUGCAGUGCUCUCCCUCGCCGUACUGGCGUGAUCGGCCUGCAGAACCAGCUCAAUCGCGUUUGUCUAGCAGCCAAAUCUGGUCUCGCGCGUCCGCAAAUCCAACCUAUUUCUUCCAUCCAAUCCCUAUUUCAAUCGAAUUCGUUCGCGACUGCUUCUACCCCUCUCAAGGCGAGCAAGACUCCCAAGGCGAAGAGCCCCAAAAAGGCAGACAGCGAAACGAAGAAAAAGAGACCUCUUACCGAAAAACAACAAGAAUCUCAGAGGCUCAAGAAACUCAGCAAUCGUAUCAAAGAGCUCAAGGCGACUGCUCUGAUCCACCCACCUAAGAGGCUGCCCUCUGCUGCGUACACUCUUGCUAUUUGCGAGAAGAUGCGCGAGAUCAAGGGUGAAUACAAUCAUCCAGAAUUAUUUCUGGUCGCUGCAGAGCGUGCCAAAUCCAUCAGCGGAGAUGAGUUGGAAAGACUCCGAGCCCAGGCCAAAGCGAACAUAGCUGCGAACUCUGCAGCCUAUGAUGCGUGGGUCAAGUCGCAUACACCUCUCCAGAUCAAGGAGGCAAACACUGCCCGCCAAACCCUUUCGCAUCUUGUCAAAAAGAACUACUCUCCCAUUAAAGAUGACCGCCUGCCCGCAAAAUCUAGAUCCGCUUAUGUUUUAUUCGUGGCGGACCGUUUGAAUAGUGGUAUGUACCAGGGAAUGCACGGAAGGGAUAGCUUCAAAGCCAUUGGCGAGGAAUGGAAAGCACUACCUCAGUCGGAGAAAGAUCACUAUCACAAAUUGCAGGUCGAAGAUCGCGAACGAUAUGAGAGAGAGCACCAGCAGGUGUACGGUCAACCCGCACCACCCAGAACUCGCGUGGACGAAUUGGAAGCCGCCACUUGA